UGACCAUCCCCUCUGGUACCUGUGGAGGCCACAGAGCCGACGAGCUGCCCGCGGGUUUCCUCACACUAACGUCUGAACCCCGGUCACUCGCCACCGCUCCCGGCCGCGGGACGAGGCCUCAGGGUGGACCCUGGCGCGCCCGACGCUGACGAGUUGAAAUAUAGACUAUAUAAAGACUUAAAAGAUGUGGGAUCAAGGUGGACAACCUUGGCAGCAAUGGCCUUUGAACCAACAGCAGUGGAUGCAGUCAUUUCAACACCAGCAAGAUCCAAGCCAGAUUGACUGGGCUGCAUUAGCUCAAGCAUGGAUUGCUCAGCGAGAAGCCUCAGGGCAGCAGAAUGUAGUGGAACAACAAGGAAUGAUGCCAAACGGACAGGAUAUUUCAGGAAUAGAGUCUGGUCCAAACAACCAUAACAAUUUUCAGGGGGAUCCCAACUUCAACAGAAUGUGGCAGCCAGAAUGGGGAAUGCCUCACCAGCCCCCUCACCCACCUCCAGAUCAGCAGUGGAUGGCUUCGACCCCAAGUCAAAUGGAAAUUGUUCCUCCAUCUGAAGACAGCAACAGUCAGGACAGUGGGGAAUUUACUCCUGACAACAGGCAUAUAUUUAACCAGAACAAUCACAACUUUGGGGCACCUCCCGAUAACUUUGCAAUGGGGCCAGUGAACCAGUUUGACUAUCAGCAUGGGGCUGCUUUUGGUCCACCUCAAGGUGGAUUUCACCCACCUUAUUGGCAGCCAGGACCACCAGGACCACCAGGUCCACCAGCACCUUCUGCACCUCCUCAAAACCGAAGGGAGAGACCCUCAUUCAGAGACCGACAGCGUUCACCUAUUGCGAUGCCUGUGAAGCAGGAGCCUCCACAGAUUGAUGCUGUGAAGCGUAGAACUCUGCCCGCCUGGAUUCGUGAGGGCCUGGAAAAGAUGGAACGAGAAAAACAGAAAAAAUUGGAAAAAGAGAGGAUGGAGCAGCAACGUUCACAGAUGUCUAAAAAAGAAAAAAAGGAAAAUGAGGAGGCUGAAGAAGGGGACGGCCCACGGCUACCUCAGAAAAGUAAAUUUGACAGUGAUGAGGAAGAUGAAGAUGCUGAAAACACAGAAGCUGUAAGUGUUGGGAAAAUCAGCAGGAGUCCGUCCCCAGCUCCUCAAGAGGAGCAAAGUGAACCAGAAAUGACAGAAGAAGAAAAGGAAUAUCAAAUGAUGAUGCUGACAAAAAUGCUUCUGACAGAGAUUCUGUUAGAUGUCACAAAUGAAGAAAUUUAUUAUGUGGCCAAAGAUGUUCACCGUAAAGCAACUAAAGCUCCUGCAAAACAGCUGGCACAGUCCAGUGCACUGGCUUCCCUCACUGGACUCGGUGGACUGGGUGGUUAUGGAUCAGGAGACAGUGAAGAUGAGAGGAGUGACAGAGGCUCUGAAUCGUCUGAUACUGAUGAUGAGGAAUUACGACACAGAAUCAGGCAAAAACAGGAAGCGUUUUGGAGAAAAGAGAGAGAACAGCAACUACUACUAGAGAAACAGCUAGAAGAAGAAAAGCUUCAAAAUGAAAAACUUUCAAAAGAGAUGAAUGAAUUUAUCAACAAAGAACAAAACAGUAACUCGGCUUCACAAGAGGCAAAAGAAAUUGAAGCCGAUAUGGUUCACGAAAAGAAAAGAUCUCCAAAUGCAAUGGCACCUGAUUUAGAACUCAAAAAAGAGGGUAAAGAGAGGGCAGGAAGGAGCGGGUCAGGCAGCUCCAGCAGUGGUAGCAGUAGCAGCAAUAGCAGGAGCAGCAGCAGUAGCAGCACCGUAUCCAGCUCAUCCUACAGCACUAGCUCAGGGAGCAGCCGCAGCUCUUCACGUUCUUCCUCUCCUAAAAGGAAGAAGAGGCACAGCCGCAGUAGAACACCGUCACACAAAGUCAGGCACAGCAGAAGCAGGAGUUACAUCCACAGAAACAGGAGGGAGAGGAGUAGGAGCAGGGAGAAAAUAAGGGAAAGGAGAAGACCUAGUCGAAAUCGCAGCACCGAAAGAGGGGAGAGGCGGAGAAAUCCGAGUCCUUCCCAAGAGAGAAGCUGGGAUAGACGCAGAAGUAGUAGCCGUUCAAGAGACAGGCGAGCUAACCGUGCGAGCCGCAGCAGGAGCAGGGAUAGACGUAAAACUGAAGACCAGCGUAGAAGCCCGACUGGAAAUAGGCACAAACAUAAAAGUGAGGGUAAAGAUCAAGAGAGGAAAAAGGAGCAGGGUGGAGGUGUAGAUAAAGACAGGAAAAAGAACAGAGAAAGGGAGAGAGAUCAGGAAAAAAGAAAAGAUAAGCCCAAAAAAGAGGAAAAAGAGAGUAAGGCUGGCAAUCAUGAGGACAGUAGAUUAAAGAGAAAAAGAGAGAGCGAAAGAACUUUUUCUCACGGUGAUUCAAUAUGUGUGAAAAUAAUAAGACAGGAUUCCAGACAAGAAAGCAAAAGAAUUACUACCAAAGAUAGCAAAAAGCGGUCAGGCUCCGAAUCUAGUGCGAGGAGUAGUUCUGAGUCACCAGGAAGCAGUAAAGAAAAGAAGGCUAAGAAAUCGAAGCAUACUCGGUCAUGCUCCGUGGAGAAAUCUCAAAGGUCUGGUAAGAAGGCAAGCCGCAAACACAAGUCUAAGUCACGAUCAAGAUCAACAACUCCUCUUCGUCGUAAACGCUGAGGAAUUUAUGGCACCAGUGCUAUGAUGUUUAAAAAUUCCAUGAGUUAUAAAAGGCUUGUCUCAUUAUAGAGGCACAUUGUGGCUACGUAGGUGAAACCAGAGUCAUUUUUUAUCUGUAAAUAGGUGUAUUUUUUCCAAAUGCUGCUCAGAAUUAAAUACCUAAUAGGAUUUCUUUGUAUUACGUUUUUUUCAAGAACGGUAGUGCUUAUUAAGAAUAUAAAACAUGCCAUUCUCUUUCAGCUGUAAUGUUCUUAAAAUUACUAUUGAAUGUACUGUGAUGUCAAUAAAGCUCUUUAGUUCAUUUUUGUUUAAAA